GGAGCGUCCAUGUUGCGGAAGUCGUGUUUUGGGGGCGGAACACAAAAAAAAAAUCCAAGAUGGCAGCUCCGCGCAAUGGUAUCUUAGAGAAAUGGCGCAUCGACGAGAAGCCGGUGAAGCUCGACAAAUGGGACGGAGCAGCGGUUAAAAACUCUUUGGAUGACGCCGCCAAGAAGGUGCUGCUGGACAAGUAUGGCUAUGUGGAGAACUUCGAGCUGGUGGACGGUCGUCUGGUCAUCUGCACCGUGUCCUGUGUGUUUGCCAUGGUGGCUCUGGUGUGGGACUACCUGCACCCCUUUCCCGAGUCCAGACCAGUUCUGGCCUGCUGUGUGGUUUCCUACUUCAUCAUGAUGGGUGUGCUGACGCUGUACACGUCCUACAAGGAAAAGAGCAUCUUCCUGGUGGCGCUGGAGAAGGACCCGGCCGGGAUGGACCCUGACCACAGCUGGCAGCUGGCGUCCUCCCUCAAGCGGUUCGACGACCAGUACACGCUCCUCGUGUCUUUCUGCGACGGCUGGUCCAAGACGUGGAGGGAAAGCGAGUUCACCAAGUCGGUGUCGGCGUUCUUCGACGAGAACGGGACCCUGGCCAUGGACCAGUUUGAAAAAUGCGUCUCCAGACUUCACGACUCGCUGGCCAGCGACAAGAAAAUGAAAUGAAAGAAUUGUUGUGAUGGACGUGUUCAUCUUUUUGUAUUCCCGAGCAGAAUGGUCCUUGUCAGCCACCACAUGGUUACCUGUGAUGGCGUCAGGGAAAUAAAGGUUACAUACAGUC